AUGGCUGCUCGGGUAAGCCAAGCAGAGAUGGAUUUUUCUUGUCCAAUCUGUACAGAUGUCUUCAAAAAUCCUGUUGUGCUGUCAUGUAGCCACAGUUUCUGCAAAGCCUGUCUGCAGAAGUGGUGGUCAGAGAAACUGAUUCACGAGUGUCCACUUUGUAAAAGACGAUCUUCAAAGACUGAUCCACCGUGUAACUUGGCUUUAAAGAAUCUGUGUGAAGCCUUCUUACAGAGGUUUUCUCUAGAGGAGAACGCUUCGAGGUCUGAGGCUCUCUGCAGCUUGCACUCAGAAAAACUAAAGCUCUUCUGUCUGGACCAUAUGAAGCCAGUGUGUAUUGUCUGUCGAGACUCAAAAAUGCACGUCAACCACAGCUUCAGACCCAUCAGUGAAGCUGCACAGGAUUGCAAGGAAUGGCUACAGAGCUCUCUGAGUCUCUGGAAGGACAUGCUGGAUCGCUUGAAUCAACUUAAAGUUAAUUGGGAUUAUACAGCAGAACACAUGAUGAACCAGGCCAGACACACAGAGAAGUGGAUUAAAGAACAGUUUAAGAAGCUUCACCAGUUUCUACAAAAAGAAGAGGAGGUCAGAAUCACUGCACUGAGGGAGGAAGAGGAGCAGAAGAGUCGAAUGAUGAAGGAGAAGAUGGAGGCUCUGAGCGGAGAGAUAGCAGCUCUUACAAACAGAGUCAGGGCCACAGAGGAGGAGCUAAGAGCUGAUGACAUCUCAUUCCUGCACAACUACAAGGCUGCAGUGAAAAGAGUCGAGCAGUGCCCCCUGCUGGAGGAUCCACAGCUGGGCCCAGGAGCUCUGAUAGAUGUGGCCAAACACCUGGGAAACCUGACUGUUAACAUCUGGACCAAGAUGAAAGAGAUGGUCUCCUACACUCCUGUGAUUCUGGACCCAAACACUGCUCAUCCAGAACUCAUCGUGUCUGAGGAUCUGAAGAGUGUGAAAUACAAAAAGGCGGAUGUAGAGAGACAACUUCUGAGAAAUCCAGAACGAUUUGAAGACUAUGUCACAGUCCUUGGCUCCAAGGGCUUUAACUCAGGGACUCACACCUGGGAUGUUGAAGUUAGAGAUGAUACAAACUGGGCUGUGGGUGUGACAGCAGAGUCUGUCCCAAGGAAAGGAGAGAUUCUAACUGGAUACUGGGAAAUAUGGUUCUGUGAUGGUAAAUACAGAGCAUACUCUCCAUCAGUUACAGAUACGAUUCUCUCUAUGAAGAGGCCACUCCAGAGGAUUAGAGUGUGUCUUGACUGGAGAAGAGGAAAGCUGUCAUUUUCUAAUCCAGACACAAAUACACACAUUUAUACUUUUACACACACUUUCACUGGCAAGCUUUUUCCAUUCAUCAACACUCUAAAUACAGCCCCACUGAGGAUACUAUCAGUGAACAUCACUACACAGUUAGAGAUGUAGAUUAUGGUUAUUAGGCUGAUGAUGAUGAUGAUGAUGAUGAUGAUGAUGAUACCUUAUUACAUUAUAUCAUUUUAAUAUGCUUAUUACUGUUUGUAUUGUUGUGAGAUGGGUUGCUAUGAAACUUUGUACAGACACUUAUGGUCCCCAGAGGAUGUAUCCUACUGACUUUAGUGAUCCUCUGUUUCUGUGGUUUUGAGUGAAACUGUUUGGAUGGAUUGUCAUGACAUUUAAUAGAGACAUUCAUGUUCCUCUCAAGAUGAACUGUAAUAACUUUGGUGAUCCUCUGACGUUUCGCUUAGUGCCAUCAUCUGGUCAAAAUUUAGAUUUGUUUGUUUGGUUUAUGACCCAUACCUACAUAAUUAUUGGCAUCAGUCUUAGCUGUUCUUUGGAGUUUGUAAUAAUUAGUAACUGUUCGCAUGCUAACACCAUAAACUAAGAUUUUGAACAUUAUAAAUAUUAUGUCUGCUUAAUAUUGUCAUGCUAGCAUUGUAAUUGUGAGCAUGUUGGCACGCUGACUUUAGCAUUUAGCUCAAAGCAUUGUUGUGCCCAGGUACAGCUUCACAUAACCCCUUUUGUUUGUGUAAAGAAUUUAAUUUUAAUCAAAAACUGUGUUCCAAUUUUCAUCAUUAGAAGCUGUGGCUUCCUCAGUAAGUCAGUUAAGUGCAGCAAACUUUCAUUUUCAGACAGGUUGAAAUGACAGAAGUAAAACACUGCCUGUUUUCCAUCUCAUUAUGACUCUGCUGUUUACGGGAUGGAAGCAUUUAAAAGAGCAUAUGUGCUCACAAUGACUUUGAAAUAGUAUAAAUGCAUAUAAUAAUGAUAAUAAUAAUAAUAUGAACUUUGCUUAUGUUGAGUCUUGUUAUGUAUCCAAAUGCUGUUAUACGUUGAAAGGAAUUUGGUCAAAUAUGUAUCAGUUAAGGUUUUAUGACAUAUCCUGUGUUUAUUUGAGCUUGUUAGCCAUAUGCUAACUCCUUUUCUAUGGGAUUUUACAGUACAUCAGGUGCUGAUCAGUUUCUAGUCACCCACUGGUAGCCUAUUUGCCAUUAGAAUACAGCUAAUAAAGUUGUAGUCAAUAGACAAGACAUUUUGCUGAGAAGGCAGUUUUCAUUCUUAUUUUUAUUUUGUUGACAGAU